AUGGCUUGUAGAGGUCAGUGAUUUUUAGAAAGCCAUGGAGCAAGAAAUUCAAAAUGUGGAAAGAGAAUUAAAUGAAAGACCAACCGCUGCUGAUAUGAAAAUGAAAAUAUCUCCAAACUUAAACUGGAAUUAAGCCAAAGACCUUCUCCUAAAGAAGUAUGGGCUGAGCCAUCUCAAAUCCAGUUGACACUGAUUCAGAGACCUUUCUGACCGCGAUGCUAA